GUGCUGAGUCCGAGGGAGGCUCCGGAUGCCGGAGCCGCGGUCGCCGCCGCCGCAAAGCCCGGGCCGCGAGGAGCUGGGAGGCGCCGCGUGCGCUGCCGGGCGCAGACCGCCCUCCUGAGCGCCGUCCGAGGUUCUCAACAGGCCUUGGGGUGCCAGCAUGGCCCCCUGAGAUGAACCAUGACUGUCUGGUGGACACUCACUACUAACCAUCCAGAGUCACAUCUCACCAGGAGGUAACCCGUCCCCCCACCCCGCUUGCCCGCCCCUGCCCAGGAAAGUGCCGGCUGCCACGGACACCAUGUAGUAGGGCCGGCUGCGGCGCCCAAUGAGCUGCGAUGGUUUUGUACACGACCCCCUUUCCUAAUAGCUGUCUUUCCGCCCUGCACGCUGUGUCCUGGGCCCUCAUCUUCCCAUGUUACUGGCUGGUGGACCGACUGGUGGCCUCCUUCAUACCCACCACCUUUGAGAAGCGCCAGCGGGCAGAUGACCCUUGCUGCCUACAGCUGUUCUGCACUGUCCUCUUCACGCCCAUCUACCUGGCCUUGCUCGUGGCUGCACUGCCCUUUGCCUUUCUUGGGUUCAUCUUCUGGUCCCCACUGCAGUCUGCCCGCAGGCCCUACAUCUACUCCCGGCUGGAGGACAAGAGCUCAGCGGGCGGGGCAGCCCUGCUCAGUGAAUGGAAGGGCUCAGGGGCCAGCAAAAGCUUCUGCUUUGCUACCGCCAACCUCUGCCUCCUCCCGGACUCGCUCGCCAGGCUCAACAACGUUUUCAAUACCCAAGCACGGGCCAAAGAGAUUGGGCAGAGAAUCCGCAAUGGGGCCGCCCGGCCUCAGAUCAAAAUCUACAUCGAUUCUCCCACCAACACCUCCAUCAGCGCAGCCAGCUUCAGCAGCCUGGUGUCACCACAGGGCAGUGAUGGCGGAGCCAGGGCUGUCCCCGGGAGCAUUAAGAGGACAGCCUCUGUGGAAUACAAAGGGGAUGGCGGGCGUCACCCCGGUGAGGAGGCUGCCAAUGGCCCGGCCUCUGGGGACCCUGCUGAUGGCAACCUGGAGGACGCCUGCAUUGUAAGGAUCAGUGGUGACGAGGGAGGCCGGCCACCCGAAGCCGAUGACCCUGCCACUGGGAGCCAAGCCAGGAACGGGGCUGGUGGGACCCCAAAGGGCCAGACACCCAACCACAAUCAGCGGGAUGGGGAUUCCGGGAGCCUGGGCAGCCCCUCCGCCUCCAGGGAGUCUCUGGUGAAGGCACGGGCAGGGCCGGAUGGUACGGGCGGUGGAGAGCCUGGCGUCAACAGCAAGCUCCUAUACAAGACCUCCGUGGUGAAGAAGGCAGCAGCCCGCAGGAGGCGACACCCGGAUGAAGCCUUUGACCACGAGGUCUCCGCCUUCUUCCCUGCCAAUUUGGACUUCCUGUGCCUGCAGGAGGUGUUUGACAAGCGGGCCGCAGCCAAAUUGAAAGAGCAGCUGCAUGGCUACUUCGAAUACAUCCUGUAUGACGUCGGGGUCUACGGCUGCCAUGGCUGCUGCAAUUUCAAGUGUCUCAACAGUGGCCUCUUCUUUGCCAGCCGCUACCCUGUCAUGGACGUGGCCUAUCACUGUUACCCCAAUGGGUGCAGCUUCGAUGCCCUGGCCUCUAAGGGAGCUCUGUUUCUCAAGGUGCAGGUGGGAAGCACACCUCAGGACCAAAGAAUUGUUGGCUACAUCGCCUGCACACACCUGCAUGCCCCACCAGAGGACAGUGCCAUCCGGUGUGAGCAGCUGGACCUGCUUCAGGACUGGCUGGCUGAUUUCCGAAAAUCUACCUCCUCGUCCAGCGCAGCCAACCCCGAGGAGUUGGUGGCAUUUGAUGUCAUCUGCGGAGAUCUGAACUUUGACAACUGCUCCUCUGAUGACAAGCUGGAGCAGCAGCACUCCCUGUUUACUCGCUACAAGGACCCCUGCCGCCUGGGGCCUGGGGAGGAGAAGCCGUGGGCCAUUGGUACUCUGCUGGACAUCAAUGGCCUCUAUGAUGAAGAUGUGUGCACCCCUGACAAUCUGCAAAAGGUCCUGGAGAGUGAGGAAGGCCGCAGGGAGUAUCUGGCCUUCCCCACCAGCAAGAGCCCGGGGGCCGGGCAGAAGGGGCGGAAGGACCUGCUGAAGGGCAACGGCCGGCGCAUCGACUACAUGCUGCAUGCUGAGGAGGGGUUGUGCCCCGACUGGAAGGCUGAGGUGGAAGAAUUCAGUUUUAUCACCCAGCUAUCCGGCCUGACCGACCACCUCCCUGUGGCCAUGAGGCUGAUGGUGUCUACAGGGGAGGAGGAGGCAUAGACUUACCAAGCCACCGGCAUCCCAAGCAGUGGGGCUUCUGCCAGCUUCGACCUGCAGCCCAUCCCUGGGCUCUGUCUCCUCCAUCAAGCACCUAGUGCUGGGGGGAGGAGGGCAGGGGACAGCAAGGAGCCCCAGUCAGUCCCCAGGGAGCCUGGAAGCUGGGCUGCUCUGUGCCUCUGGGCCAUCUCUGAGAGGAGGACUGAGGCUGGCCUGGGAGCUCCUGGCUGCCUAACCAGUGCCAUUCUUUCCAGUUGUGAUUUUCUACAGAUCUACACAGCACAACAUAGUUUAUAACCCAAGGGUUAGUAUGAAAACCGAGUUUAUGUACUCUUUGCAUCUCUUCUCAAGCUUCGUCCAGGGUUCAUUA